CGGGCCGCGGGGCCUCCCAGCGCCUGCCCGGCCAGAGGCUGCCGGAGCGCAGGAGGUGUGGGGGGCACGCAGAAGGCCUGGAGCUCCGCGCGGGUCCCCUGGAGACGACGACGACGACGACGACGACGAAGCCGCCUCUGCUAGGCCCUGCUCCAGCCGGCGGAGUCCUCCCGCGCGCCCAGGAGAGCCCAGGCGGUCAGCCCCACUGUGCGCCAGGCGACGAGCGCGGAACCAUGCCGGUGUUGGACCAGGCGUUUGUGACUCUGGCCACCAAUGACACGUACUGCCAGGGCGCUCUGGUGCUGGGACAGUCGCUGAGGACGCAGCGGGCGACCAGGAAGCUGGUGGUUCUCAUCACCUCACAGGUGUCCAGCCUGCUCAGGGUUAUCCUGUCGAAGGUGUUUGAUGAGGUGAUCGAGGUGAACCUGAUGGAGAGUGCAGACUACAUCCACCUGGCCUUUCUGAAGAGGCCUGAGCUUGGGGUCACCCUCACCAAGCUUCACUGUUGGACCCUCACCCAUUACAGCAAGUGCGUCUUCCUGGAUGCAGAUACUCUGGUGCUGUCCAACAUCGAUGAGCUGUUUGACAGGGUGGAGUUUUCCGCAGCCCCGGAUCCCGGGUGGCCGGACUGCUUCAACAGCGGCGUCUUCGUCUUCCAACCAUCUCUUGAGACGCACGGCCUCUUGCUGCGACAUGCCAUGGACCACGGCAGCUUUGAUGGGGCAGAUCAAGGCUUACUGAACAGUUUCUUCAGUAGCUGGUCCACGGCAGACAUCCACAAGCACUUACCGUUCAUCUACAACUUGAGCAGUAACACGGCAUACACCUACAGCCCCGCCUUCAAACGAUUCGGCUCGAGUGCAAAGGUCGUGCACUUUCUGGGACCCACAAAGCCGUGGAACUAUAAGUACAAUCCGCAGACGGGCUCGGUGUUGGAGGACGGCUCCGGGUUGGGGACCCAGCACCAGACGUCCUUCCUCAACCUGUGGUGGACAGUCUACCAGCACAGCGUCCUGCCUCUUUACGAGAGCUUCCGGGAUGCGGGAGAGCACGUGGCUCCGGGACACGCCACUGGCGUCGGGGAGCCGUGUGCAGAAUCAGCAGGGUCCAGCCAGCCUUGGCCAGCUGAGGGCCCUUCGGAGGAGACUGUGGUCACGGAGGACAUCCCGCCUUCCCCCAAGGGAUGCCGUUUGGAGGACACGAUAGGGUGGCCUGAACUUGAGACUUCCGCUGGAGUGAGGUGUGACCCAUUAUCACCACCCUCCCCCCAAUGUGCAGACUCCACAGAGACCCAGACCACCUCGCGGCCUGCGGAUAAAGCAGAAAGUGGCCCGUCUGUGGAAGCCGUGGAACCGAGCCAGGAGCCCCCUGUGGAUGUCACCGGGGACCCCAGUCCUCAGGAUGCUCUGGAGGUUGACCUGGCCGUCUCCGUUUUCGAGAUUUCCAUCGAAGAGAAGGUCAAGGCCCCGAGUCCUGAGGAGGAAAGGAGACACUGGGAGGAGGGACGCAUCGAUUACAUGGGGAAGGACGCAUUCGCCCGCAUCCAGGAGAAGCUGGACCGGUUUUUGCAGUAA